AUGGAGCAGAACAACAACACAAUGUUGGGAACAACCUUUGUUCUUCUUACAUUUCUUUCUCUCGCUCAUUGUAUUCCUCUCAAUCAAAUCCAACAAGCGAGAUUGAUUGCAAAUGUUUCCAGAACACUCUUCAAUCAAUCUCAACAGGACUGUAUUUGUCAAAUGAUCAGCUCACUUCAAUCGAUCUCAGCACUGAACUAUUGCUCAUCAAAUCAAACAUGUCAAUUAUUUUCUUCAAAUUUAACUUUGAUUGAUCUGGAUUUAGAUGUGGGUUGGAUAGUCAUCUAUACGGAUCAAUCUUUGAUUGCAAAUAUGUUUCGAUGGACAUUCACUGGAAAUACGAGUAUUGCUCGAGCAUAUCAUACAGCGUCUACGUUAGCUAGUGGACAAGUAUUAGUAGCCGGCGGAUAUAGUGGUAAUGCUUAUAUUAAUAGUGCAGAAAUAUAUGACCCAUCGACAAGAACAUGGACGAAGACCAUGAACAUGAGUGCUGCACGGGAUUUGCAUACAGCAUCUGUUUUAUCCAAUGGAAAAGUAUUAGUAACUGGUGGUUUCAGCGGUAGUGUUUAUCUUAGGAGUGCAGAAUUAUACGAUCCAUCGACAGGAACAUGGGCAACAACAGGAAGUAUGAAUAUGAUUCGAUCGUCCCAUACAGCUUCUGUAUUAUCAAAUGGAGACGUACUAGUUGCUGGUGGCAUUUCUGGUAACGGUUAUCUCAACAGUGCCGAAGUAUAUGAUCCAUCAACUGGUAUGUGGACAAAUGUAAUGAAUAUGACUUUUGCCCGGGGGGCUCAUACAGCUUCGGUUUUACCAAAUGGAAUAGUACUAGUUGUUGGUGGAAAUAUCGGUGGUAGUUCAUCGAACAGUGCUGAGUUAUAUGAUCCGUCAACAGGAACAUGGACAUUGACAAAAAACAUGAACAGUCCUCGACUUUAUCACACAGCAUCUGUGCUGACCAAUGGACAAAUUUUAGUCACUGGUGGACGUACUACUGGUGGUUAUUCCAAUACUGCUGACAUAUAUAGUUUGGCAACAAAUACAUGGAUUCUCACAGGAAAUAUGAGUAAUACUCGAGGCCAUCAUGCAGCAGUGGUGUUAUCCAAUGGAAAUGUCUUAGUUACUGGUGGUACAGACACUAGUGUUAAUGCUAUGAAUAGUGUUGAACUAUACAAUUCAUCGACUGGCAGUUGGUCAACUACACAACCUAUGAAUUUUGCACGACGAUUUCAUACAGCAUCUUUAUUAUAUAAUAACACUGUUCUAGUCACUGAUGGAAUUUCAUCCGGAACAAUAUAUUUGAAUACUGCUGAACUCUAUGAUGCGAAAUAA